CGGAUAUGGUCACUCUAAUGCCCACGUGCGUUUUGUUUGGCCUCCGCCGGCGCUAAAUUCAACCAAAAUUACCUGCAAUUCCAAGGAUUCUCGGUAAACAAGAUAUUAGCGACUGCUACACCAUGGUCUUUUUCACGUGCAACAUAUGCGGCGAGUCGGUAAAGAAACCGGCGGUGGAGAAGCACUACCAGACGCGCUGUCGUGGCAAAGACAAGAACGUGUCCUGCAUGGACUGCCUUAAGGACUUUUACGGCGAGGAGUAUGUGGCACACAUUAAGUGCAUCUCGGAGGCCCAGAAGUACGCCAGCCAAAGCCAGGGCUUUGCCGCCAAGGAGCCACGCAACAAGAACGCCCAGAAGCAGGAGAGUUGGAUGGACAUCAUCCGGUCGAUCCUCGACAGCAACGAGUACAAUUUAACUCCGCCCGUUCGAUCCGCCUUCCAGAAGCUCCAGAGCGUGGACAACGUGCCCCGCAAGAAGGCCAAGUUCGAGAACUUCGUAGGAAACUGCAUGCGCAUGCCCCGCAACCAGGCCUCCCAGGUGUGGGAUAUUCUCGAGAAGGAGCUGAACAAGAUGAAGGAGGCAAAGCAAGCGGACCUGGCCAGAGCCAAGGCAGAGAAGCAGAAGGCAGAGGCCGAGGAAGAGGCGCCACCCAAGAAGAAGGCCAAAGUGGAGGCCACGGAAGAUGCUGCUGCCGAGGAGAUCUCCAAUGGAGUGUCCAGCGACUUUGAUUGGGCCGCCCAGCUAACUAAAAUCGUUACCAAGCAAGAAGAUGGCAUUUUCAUGGAAAAACUUCGAAAGAAGCUGCUCAAGAAGUAUGCCAAGCAUCUCUCCGUCGAGGAGUUGAACGAAAAACAGACGAAGAAGUUCCAGAAACGUUUUGAUAAGCAACUCAAGCUCGCCGAUUCCUUGCAAGUGGAGGGCGAUUUAGUUAAGAUCGCUAGCUAGCCGAAUAUCCUACCUUUAGUCAUAGUUAAAUUAUAACAAAAGGACAAUAAACGUGUAAGCUGCAAA